CCAACCAUACAAAGUAUAUAUAUAUAUAUAUAAUACUCUACGCAUACACUUACACGCCUCGCCUCACCCGGCUUCCCUCCCAACAUGGCCUCCCAAGACCACCAGAACCGGGUCAACGUGCCCUUCUGGGACUUCUUCCAGUCCCCCGACCCGAACCGUACCGCCGGCGCUCCCGGCCAGGGCGUCGACCAUCACCACCUCGACGGCAACAACAACCCACCCCCAACGACGUUCCCGCCCUUCAUGACCGGCUUCGGCUUCCCCUGGGGCGGCGGCGGCGGCGGCGGGUCAGGCCCUCACCAUGGGCGUCACGGGCUGGGCCCCCAUCCUUCUCACUACUAUCCUGGUCCUCCUCCUCCCCCAGGCGCGGGCUGGGACAGCGACUGGGACUUUGAAUGGGGCCACCCCUGGUCCCAUGACGACAACGACGACGACGACGACGAGGGCCACCACGGGCAUUGGGGCCGCCGUGGAGGGCAUCAUCACCACCUCCACGGCGGUGGGCGCGGACACCGCGCUCGCGGACGUCGGCAAGGGGCCAACGCUGAAGACGCCCAGCAGCAGCAGGAUGGUCCCGCCGCCGCCGCCCCUGUCGUUGACACCACCGACGAGAAAGCCGCCGUCUCCCCCGACACAAUGGACCACGACUUCCCCGACCCCGCCGAGGUCACGCCCGACGAGGACGAGGCAGCCUCGCCGCCUCCCUACGGAGGACCGGACGGCAACAACAACAGCCGCGGACCGCCCCACGGCCAUCACGGCCACCACCACCACCACCACGGCCGAGGUCGCGGACGCUGCCAUCGUCGUGGCGGCGGCGGCGGCGGCGGCGGCGGCAUGGGACGCGGAGGCUGGGGCCGCGACCCCCGGGCCUGGGGAUGCCCUCGCCGCGGCGGCUGGGGGCGUCACGGCGGCCACGGUCCCGCGCCGUUUGACUUCCAGGGCAUGAUGCGCGGCGUCAUGGGCCACCCGUUCUUCCAGAACAUGCGCGAGCAGGCCCAGCGCUACGCCGGUGCCUACGGCAACAGCAACACCAACAUCAACGCCGACGACGACGACGGCAACACCUUCACGCCCCCCGUCGACGUCUUCAACACGCAGGCCGCCUACGUCGUGCACGUGGCCCUCCCCGGCGCCCGCAAGGACGACGUCGGCGUCACCUGGAACCCCGACCGCGGCACCCUCGACGUCGCCGGCGUCGUCCACCGCCCCGGCGACGAGCUCUUCCUCCAGACCCUCGCCUCGGCCGAGCGCCGCGUCGGCCUCUUUGAGCGCAGCAUCGCCCUGCCCCCCCCGCUCGGUACCACCACCGCCGCCAACUCCAACAACAACAACAACAACCAUAACAACAGCAACGGCUCGGGCCUGCGCGCGGGCGGGGACGAUACCGCCGUCGACGCCGCCAACAUCGCCGCCCGCUUCGACGACGGCCUGCUCGUCGUCGUCGUCCCCAAGGUGGAGAGGGAGUGGACCGAGAUUCGCAAGGUCGACAUCGAGUAGGGGGAUGGACAAGGGGCCGCAUGUCUUGUAUGCCCUGUAUGAUACACCAUAAAACACAUCAAGUACACCAAAGGCGAGGGAACACCUUGAGUAGAUAGUUGAACUGCACUCCUUGUUUGGGAAACAUGCAUUUCGUCCCCUCUUUACAUGAACCAAAGGGUCAAAGGAAGAAAAAAGAAACCAAAACCAAAACCACGCCCAGACACACAUGAUUGAUAGAUACUUUGGUCAGAAUACAGAAUACAUUAAUAUGCUG